GUCGGAAGUGACGGCGGCAGGAAGCUCCGUCCGGUUUGAAAGCGCCCGGCGGAGCCACGGCCGCCGCCUCUUUCCCGCCCUCCGGGCCGACAUGGCCGCCUUCGCCAUGGAGCUGCCGCCCGCAGGAGCUGAACCAAUGACUCUUGGCUCCCCGACAUCUCCAAAACAAGGAACUAGUGCUCAAUUUCUCCCUGGGUUUUUGAUGGGUGACUUACCUGCACCUGUGACUCCGCAGCCACGUGCUUUAUACGGCCCUUCAGUUGGUGUCAUGGAAACAAGGUCUCCUCUACUUGCAGGAGGGUCGCCCCCACAACCAGUAGUCCCUUCACAUAAGGAUAAAGGUGGUGCUCCACCAGUUAGAAGCAUAUACGAUGAGUUGUCUAGUCCUGGCCUUGGAUCAACACCUCUGUCCUUAAGAAGAACAGCCAGCUUUACUUUAUCACAGAGCCCAUCCACUGGAAUUCUGCCAUCAACUCCAGGAGCAGCUUCAAGCAUGUUCAGCCCUGCAAGCAUUGGGCAGCCUAAGAAGACUACUCUGUCUCCUGCUCAGCUGGAUCCUUUUUAUACUCAAGGUGAUUCCCUUACUUCAGAAGAUCAGCUUGAUGACACAUGGGUAACUGUAUUUGGAUUUCCUCAAGCAUCAGCUUCCUAUAUUCUACUACAGUUUGCUCAGUAUGGAAACAUAUUAAAGCAUGUGAUGUCCAACACAGGAAACUGGAUGCAUAUUCGAUAUCAGUCUAAGCUUCAAGCCCGGAAAGCCUUAAGCAAAGAUGGAAAAAUUUUUGGUGAAUCUAUCAUGAUUGGUGUCAAGCCUUGUAUAGAUAAAAGUCUGAUGGAGAACUUUGAAAGAAGCUCUACAUCCUCAAUGUCUUCGAUUUUCACUCCACCUACAAAAUCUGCUGGCACACCAACACAACCUGCAAAUAACAGUGCAAGGAUUUCUACCAUGAGACCUUUGGCAACAGCAUAUAAGGCUUCCACUAGUGACUAUCAGGUGGUUUCUGACAGACAAACUCCUAGGAAAGAUGAAAGUAUUGUAUCUAAAGCAAUGGAAUAUGUUUUUGGCUGGUAACAUACAAGAGGAAGUAACACACUAAGCUGGUCAGGGUCUGAACUAUGCUACUGGCAUUUGUAGUUAGUUGUAUAACUACUGGUGGCAGUAUUUUAUCUUACAUAGCACCUGGUAUGCCUUCAGUUUAUUCAGAAGACAUGUAGCUUGCACUUUAAAUGAUGGCAGUGGACACAUGGUUUUACAAACUGAGUAAGUGUAAAUAAAAGUGCUUUAUCCCUGUUUGUUCUCUGAUGG